AUGUCAACUACAAACCCAUCCGCCUCUCCAUCCCGGUCCCCCGCUCCUCGACAACAAGACGACCAACCCCAGCAACAGGAACAAGAGCAGCAACAGCAGCAGCAGCAACAGCGCCUAAAAGUUCAUACCCACCACUGCCGCUUCUGCAACCACCUCCUCCUAGCCACAACGCGCACGAUCGCGACCCUUCCGCGUCGAAAAGCCCCAGCGCAGGAUAACGCGCUUAUUCUGCCUCUUCCGCACGCGGACGAGGACGAGGACGAAGAUGACGACGACGACAACGACGACGAGAAGAAGGAGGAGGAGAAGCCAGACGCAACCACAUCGCCCGAGCCCGGGAGCGAAACCAACCAAACCAUAAGAACCGAAGGCGAAGCCGAAAGCGAAGGACAAGCGGGGAGGAAACGGCGCAAACAGAAGCACUACACCAUCCUGCUAUCCACAACUCUCCCCGAUCGCAAGGCGACGCUGAUCCGUCGGGAAGACGGGUUCGAGAAGAGGCGGUUUCUGCGGUGUGGGCGGUGUCGGGUUGUGGUGGGGUAUUUCCUUGAUGCGGUGCAUUUUCCUGUUGUCCAGAGGGCCGAGGAUGUAGUUGAAGGGGAAGGGGCGAGUCAAGAACCACGGGUUGUAUAUUUACUUCCUGGGGCGUUGAUGGAGACGGAGAUUAUGGGUGAUGAGGAGAAAAUGGAGGCGCUGGAUCGGGAGUGGAGUGGGUGGAUUGCUCAAUAG